CUCUCCCCUCCUACCGGCUACAACCUCACCGAUUCCUUUUUCAUUUCUCCUUUGAAAACCUUGUUUCUCCCGCUUCUCUUUUAUCAACCAAUGCUCUGAGGUCACAAUGUCAGAGAAUUCCAAUAUUGUUGCUACAUCCAACUUUAAUACUCCUUCCUGUUCAGUGGCAUCACAAGUACCACCGCUGAAUGUUUCAGGAGAUGAGAGUGAAAACAGUUCAUUGAUUGGAAGGAAACGUCGGCAAGCACAACCCACUUCAACUAAAAUAGGUAAUCAAGGUAAAAAGUUAGGGGAUUGGAAAUUCGAUGCUGAAAAUAGUCAGAUUAUUUAUUGCAAAAAUGAUUGCCAAGCAUGACUAUCCUUUAAAUAUGGUUUCACAUGUGUAUUUCCGUGAGUUUGUGAAGUCUCAGCCCAUAUGCCGAUUUAGUACUUGAUGUGAAUGUAGUUUACGAAGACAUUCUAAAACUGUAUAGUAAGUUGAAACUUGAGUUACAAGAGUGUUUAGAUUCGCUGACAUCUAAAUGCAGUCUCAGUGUGGAUGUGUGGAAAGUUGAAUUGAAUCCAUUAAACUUAAAUCCAUAUGAUGAUUAUUGUUGUGUGAAUUGCCACUAUAUAGAUGAUGAUUGGACGUUACAUAAGAAAAUAAUUGCAUAUGUUCCGAUGACAUUUCCAUAUACUGGGGAAGUUUUGGGAGAAGUCGUUAAAUCAGUGGCAUUGGAGUGGAAUAUUGAGGAUAAAUUGUUUGCUUUAGCUGCUGACAAUGCUUUUAGCAAUGAUAUGAUGAUGGGAAACAUCAAGGAAUGGCUUAAUGACAGGGGAUCUUUGGUUCUUCAAGGUGACUUAUUUCAAAUGCGGUGCAGCAACCAAAUAUCUCAUUUAAUUGCACAAAAGGGGUUGGAAGUGGCUGCCGGAUCGAUAGAGAAAAUUCGAGAAUGUGUUAAGUAUAUUUGGUCUUCACAAAGCAGAAAAGAGAAGUUUGAAAGUGCGCUGAUGCAACUGCAGCUCGCUGGACGGUCGGUACAUUUAGAUGUAGACAUGACAUGGGUUUCGACUUAUUCGAUGCUCAAAAGUGCUACUGAUUUGCGCCAAGGAUUUGUGCGUUUAGCGAAGUUAGACAGUGAUUUUAAGUGUCUACCAAGUUCAGAUGAGUGGGAACAAGGGAUAAUGAUUUGCGAGUGUUUGAAGGUGUUGUAUGAUAUGACAGCCAAGUUAAAACCGGAGAGGUACCCGACAACAACCAUGUAUUUUAAUAUUUAUGAAAUUAACAAGAACAUUCGUACAUGGGAAUCUAGUACCCAUAAAUAUAUUAGAGAAAUGGCGUUGGAGAUGAGAGGACACUUUGACAGAUAUUGGAGCACAUGUAGCUUGUUGAUGAGCGACGCAGUGGUUUUAGAUCCACGGUAUAAGGUGAAUCUGGUAAAAUUUGUUUUUCAUAGAUUGUAUGGCGAACAUCUCUCCAAAACCUAUAUCAGCGAUUUCCGUCAAGCUUUGAACAAUCUUUUUCAUCAUAUGAAUCUCAAAGUAGCUCUUCAAGUCCCAACUAUUUUGGCAACUCAUUUACAGGUGUAUCAGGUUCAGCUAACCUUGAAAACAAUAAAGUUACUUCUCAACUUGAUCUUGAUUAUUAUGAGUUUUUGAUGGAAGAGAGUAACAAUGUAGUACAAAAAACAGAGUUGGAGAAAUACUUGGAAGAUCCAUUGUUUCCAAAAGGCGCCAUUGAAUCGAAGUUUGAUGUAUUAGGCUGGUGGAAAAAUAAUGGUCGUAUGUACCCAAAACUUGCAAAAAUGGCUCGCGAUGUUUUGGCUGUUCCAAUGUCAACUGUUUCUUCACAAUAUGCCUUUGGUGGCGGUGAUAGGGUGCUUACAGGACAUAGGAUUUUCAAUGGUCCAGAAGUCGUUCAAGCUAAGUUGCUUAAAGAGUUGGUUGCCAUGACUCGAUGAUGUCGGUAUUCAAACUUAGGUGAAGGUGGAAAUCAAUGAGGCAGUAUUAUCAGAGACUACUUUGCAAAAUCUGGAAAUCUCAACAAGGGCCAGGGGUUUAGAGCAGGCAAAAGCUCUAAUUUUGUUUAAAGUGAUCCUCUUUCAUAUGCAGCUAUAUCAUUCUACCAUAGAAGGGGACAACAAGGGGGCUAAAGAAGCUAUGACUUCUAGUUUUGGCUCUGCCAAAUUAAAUGAGUUAGAUCUUUAUGAGGAAUGUAAAACCUUAUCUAAUUAUAUGAUUUCUAGUUUAAUAGAACACUUUUCUCAGUUUUUU